AUGCUCAGUAGUAGUUUCACGAUCAAGGGCUGCACCAGCAUAUGUGGUAGGAUCUCUAGGUCCUUCUUUGAAAAGCUUUCUGUAAAGAUUAGGAUCUCCAACAACAUCCAAAUCCUGCGGCUCCCUACCACAGUUUUGGAUCACUUAUCGCUCCCAGAAAGCGUGCCAGAGCCCGCCCACCAACUCAUUCCUGGACUCAAAGCGAAUGACCCACGGUUUACACUCAAAACCAUCUCACGAAGGAAGAUGUCAUCGACGACGGUCACCCGUGCCUACCUCGACCACAAGCUCGCCCUCGCCAAACGCUGCUCCAGGGAGGCAACGCUCGCCGGAGCAAAGGCAGCCGCAGUCGCCACGGUCGCAUCUGCAGUCCCGACGUUAGCGAGCGUGAGGAUGCUGCCCUGGGCCAAGGCGAACCUGAACCCCACCGGGCAGGCCCUCAUCGUCUGCACCGUCGCCGGGAUGGCCUACUUCGUCGCCGCCGACAAGAAGAUCCUGGCGCUGGCGAGGAGGCACUCGUACGAGCAGGCCCCCGACCACCUGAAGGACACCUCCUUCCCUGGCGCUGCUGCUCGUCGCCGUCCAGCAUUCUUCAGGCCAUGA